AUGGGUGUGGAGCUCAGCACUUUAAAUAUGCCCCCAUGGCGAGGUGCUGGAUACUUCGGGAGGAAAUAUCGACAGACUCUGCCCCUUCCCCCUGGGCCUAAGCAGUACCCAAUCGUCGGGAAUUUAAAUUUACCAAACAAGGACCAAUGGAUUGUAUACGACAGGAUUGCAAAGGAACACAAUUCCGAUAUCAUUCACAUUCGUACAUUUGGUAGCUCACUUAUUGUGUUGAACUCGUUUGCGGCAGCCGUGGAUCUCCUAGAUCGUCGAUCCCGUAUUUCUUCCAGUAGACCGGCAGCCACAAUGUUAUAUGAUUUAAUGGGCUGGAAGUCCAUGUUUAGCAUUCAGCCAUACGGUCAAGAGUGGCGCGACCGUCGGAGAGUGUUUUGGCAAGAAUUCCACCCGGAACAUGGCCAAAGGCAUCAUCGCCCAAUUCAACUCCACUACUCACGGGAACUCGUUCGACGUCUUUAUGAUUCCCCGCUCGAAUUCCAGGCGCACAUCCGACACACAAUCGGCGCAUCCAUAAUCUCAAUUGCCUAUGGUCUGGAUGUCCAGGGAAAGGAUGACCCAUACAUCACAAUUGCCAACAACGCUCUGGAGUAUCUUGAUAUCUCGUUUGCGGGCACCUUCAUGGUCGACGUCUUCCCCAUUCUAAGGCAUGUACCGCGAUGGAUGCCGGGUGCGGGCUUCCGGGCCACCGGAGAGCGUGCAACACACGCUCUUAACUUGUCGAUUGAAGUCCCAUAUUUGCAGACACUCAAAUCACUCACGGAAGGUCACGGAGAGUCAACAUUCGUCCAUCGAGCCUUGAGUCGUGGAGAAAUACCAAGCGGCGGGCAGGAAGAGAGAGUUAUAAAGGAGUCAGUAGCCGCGGCAUACAUUGGUGCUAAUGAAACCACCCCGUUCCCACUUACGAUUUUCUUCGCCAUCAUGGCACACAAUCUGGACGUACAAACGAAAGCGCAACGAGAGCUUGAUCAAUAUCUUGAUCAUCGUUUCCCUGAUUUUGAGGACCAGCCUCAUCUCCCGUAUAUUUCCGCGGUGAUGCUGGAGACAUUAAGGUGGGAACCCAUGACACCACUUGGUCUCGCACAUGGUCUUAUCUCCGACGACAAGUUCAGAGGGUAUUACCUUCCUAAAGGGUCCAUCGUUUUCUACAACGUUUGGGCAAUACUCCGCGAUGAAACAAUAUUCCCUGAACCCGAUAAAUUUAACCCUUCGCGCUUCUUGAAGGAUGGCUUGAUUGACACUCAACUAAAGGACCGUGUCAUGAGUUCGUUCGGCUUCGGGAGAAGGCACGUAGUAUCCAUUCUAUGUUUAUAUCAACCUCACGUCAGGAAGUAUCUUAGGAUCUGCCCAGGUCGGUAUUUCGCUAUGGAUACCCUCUGGUUAAGUAUGGCAUCCAUACUCUCGGUCUAUACAAUCGGAAAACCGGUUGAUGAAAGCGGACGGAAAGUUGAUAUCGCCCUCAAAUAUAAGGCUGGUCUCAAUCGGUUCAUUGCCCGUUUUGCAUUCUUUCUCUGUGCUGACGAAUCACCAUACAUAGGCACGUACUCCCGUUCGAAUGCUCGAUCAAGCCUCGUUCUCGCGAAGCUGAGGAACUCAUUCUUGAUUUGUCUCGGCUUUGAUUUCGCUACAGUAUCAACCGUCAGCUUGGGUGUGCAUUAG